AUGAGAUCAAAUACGACCACGAAUAUAGAAGAAGACGAACUGGAAUAUGAGUUUGCGCGGACUCUUGAUGGUGAAGCACCACCACCUUUGAUACCAUCAAAACGUUUUACAUUGGCUUUACUCGUCUUUUUUGCUUUUAUUGUUCAAUAUUCUCAACGUGUUAAUUUACCAAUUGCAAUUGUAUGCAUGGUUAAUCGUACAAAAUCUCAUGAAUAUCAAUUAUCAUUCAACAGCACAACAGCAACAACAACAAUAAAACCUCUUGUAACAGCUUUACAAAAAAGAGGAUUUCUUCAAGAAAAACAAUUCAAUUGGAUGGAAUUACAACAACAAAUUCUCUUAGGUGGUUAUUGGGCUGGUUAUAUAUUUACACAAGUACCGGGUGGAUGGUUAGCAACAACUAUAGGUGCAAAAUGGGUUUUUGCUGGUUCACUAUUUACUAGUUCAAUUGCUAGUUUUGCAUCAACAAUGAUGUAUACAAUGUCAAAUACACAUUUUAUUUCAAUGUUUCUUCUUCGUUUUAUUGUUGGUCUUGCUCAUGGUGUUCUUUUUCCAGCUACAAUAGCACUUUGGUCACUAUGGGCUGUACCACAAGAACGAAGUACUCUUGCAUCGAUUGGAUUUUGUGGUACUCAUCUUGGAACAUCAGUAACAAUGCUUCUUGGUGGACUUUUCUGUCGUCAUUUAUAUUCAGGUUGGAUGUAUAUAUUUUGUCUAACAGGUAUUUUGGGUUUUAUUUGGUUAAUAUUAUGGAUAUCAUUAACAUCGGAUUCUCCAAACAGUCAUAAAACCAUUAGUGAUCAUGAACGUGACUAUAUAUGUAAUUUAACCGGUAGUACUGGUAAAAAACGUUCAAUGACAUUAGCAUCAAUACCAUGGAAAAAUAUAUUUACAUCAAAACCAUUAAUUGCAUUAUUUAUAACACAUAUUGCAAAUUUAUUUGGUUUAUUUUUCUUUUUAACAAACCUUGGUAAAAUUUUAACUGAAAUUCAUCGUGUACCAACACAAUAUACUGGUUAUAUAUUAGCUUGUGGAUUUUUUCUUACACUCUUAACUAGUCUAUCAUCAGGUAUUAUUGCUGAUUAUCUUGUUCGAAGUAAUGUUAUGACAUUAACAACUGCAAGAAAAAUGUUUAAUUCAUUAACAUCAUUUAUACCUGUUCUAUGUAUGAUAUCAUUAUGUUUUUGUGAUGAUUCAAACAAAGUUUUAGGAAUUAUUACUAUACUUGUUUUUCUUGCUAGUUCAGGACUUGGUUAUGGGAGUGGUUAUGUUGUUAAUUUUGCCGAUAUUGUUCCUGCUUAUUCAGGUGUUAUUUUUGGUCUCGGUAAUUCAUUUGCAUCCAUAGCUGGUGUUAUUGGAAAUAUUAUUGCUGGUAUGAUUGUUACUAAACCCGUAUUGGAACAAUGGAGAAAAUUAUUUAUUAUGUUUGGUAUUGUUUAUUUUAUUGGUGGUAUUGUCUUUUUAUUUUUUGGUUCAGCUGUACCACGGAAAUGGGCGAAAUUUCAAUCAGUUAAUAAUGAAAAAGAAAAGAAAUUGAAUGAUGAAGAAAUUAUUCCAAUAAAUCAAACAAAACAAAUUAAAAUUUAA